AGAGGCUUCCCUGGGGAGAGGGAUCCUAUUGCAUGGCCAGGAGUGGGCUGGAGUCACCCAGGCAGUCUGAGGGAGUGAAGGGAGUGAGGAGCUCUGUGGCAGGACCGUGGGAGAGAGCCAUCUUCAAGGCCAAGGCUGUAUGCGGAGGAGGAGGAACGGAGUGCCUGGUCAAUCCUGCUCUGACUCCUCCAGGGCCUGCCGUGGACUCUGCCAAGGACAAAAUGGAGCCUGCACUUCUGCCUGGGCCUGAGUGGCCAGAGCAGGAGAGGGCGGAGCAGCUGGCCCGGGGUGCCGCACUCAAGUGGGCCUCGGGCAUCUUCUACCGGCCGGAGCAGCUGACCAGGCUGGGUCAGUACCGCAGCCGCGAAGUGCAACGCACUUGCUCCCUAGAAACUCGCAUCAAGUCGGUGGUGCAGUCGUACCUGGAGGGCGUGCAGACUGGUGUGCGGCAGCUGGCACAGGCCCUUGGGGCCAUGCAGGGAGCCCGUGAGGCCCUGGGCCAGGCCCAUGGGUUGCUCCAGGACAUGGCCGAGUCUGCACAGACCCUAGCACCCCUGCGGGAACAGGUGGCCCAACACAAGCAACUGCAGGCCCUGUCUCAGCUGCUGCCCCGGCUGCGGGCAGUGCCUGCUGCAUUGGCCCACACGCAGUCCCUGAUUGAUGCCCAGCAACUCCUGGAGGCAUAUGUGAGCCUACGGGACUUGGAGCAGCUGAGAGAAGAGACCUGGGCACACCUGGGGGACCUGGAGUUGCCAGAUUUUGAGGGGCUGGCCCCUCUGGCUGAGGCACUAGGCCGGGCUGUGGAGACAGCUGCAGGAGCUGCAGGGCAGCUGGCACGAGAGGACCCAGCCCUGCUGGUGGCUGCUGUGCGUGUGGCUGAGUUGGACGCUGGGCACACAACCGCCCUAGGGCAAGCCCCACGGGACUGGCGGCAGUGCUGUCUGCGGGCUCUACAGGAUGGCCUGGAGCGGGUCCACUUUGGGACACACCUGCUGCCUGGGCCAGGGGCCCUGGCGGAGUGGCUGGAGGCUCUGCGGGUGGCACUGCCAGCUGAGUUGGCCACAGCUGAGGCACUAGUAGCACCUUGCUGCCCACCACACUACAAGGUGGUCCAGCUGUGGGCCCACACCCUGCACCGAGGCCUGCGCCGCAGCCUGCAGCAAGUCCUCACAGGGGCUGAGCUGGGUGCUGCUGAUGCCUUCACCCUGCUGCAUUGGACUCUGCAUGUGUACUUGGGGCAAGAAAUGAUGGGGAGCCUGGAGUUGGGGCCAGAGGCUGAUGUAUCUCAGCUGGAGCCCCUGCUGACCCUGGAAGACGUGGAGGGGCUGGAGAUGAUGUUUGUGGCCAAAGUCCAGGCAAGUGUUGCCCAGUGGCUACAGAAGGCACUGGACGGGGAGGUAGCUGAGUGGGGCCAAGAGCAGGAGCCAGACACGGACCCAUCUGGCUUCUACCACUCACCCAUGCCAGCCAUCGUGCUGCAGAUCCUGGAUGAGAAUAUCCGUGUGACCAGCCUGGUCAGUGAGUCAUUGCAGCAGCGGGUGCACAGCAUGGCACUAUCAGAACUGGGUGCAUUCCUGAGGAGCUUCAGUGAUGCUCUCAUCCGAUUCUCCCGAGACCACCUCAGGGGCGAAGCAGUGGCCCCUCAUUACGUGCCCUGCCUACUGGCUGCCCUCAAUCACCACGGAGCACUCAGUUCCUCAGUGUCCGUCCUGCAGCCCGACGGGGUGGCUUCAGGGCCCUUGGCACCUUUGGAGGCUUCCCUGGACGAAUUGCAGAGGAGGAUCUACCGCCUGGUGCUAGAGGCGUUGUUGGCAGAGCUCCAGCCCCUGUUCGCGGCUCUGCCGUCGCGCCGGUGGCUGUCGAGCCCGGAGCUGCUGGGCUGUGUAUGCGAGCGGACGGCGCGCUUCUGUCGGGAUUUCUGGCGCGUGCGAAGCCCUGCGGUCCAGCUGCUGCUGGCCGAGGCGGAGCGCACCGUGGUGCUGCAGUACCUACACGGGCUGAUGCAAGGCCGCCUAGUGUGCCGCGAUGCCGACGAGCGGACCCAGGCGGCGGAGCGCCUGCGGCAGGAUGCCGCUCAGCUUCAGGAGCUCUUCCUUGGUUUGGGUCUGGAGGAGAGUGCGCAGUGCACGCCGGUGCUGCUCGCCCUGCGGGAGCUGCUGAACCUCCGCGACCCCACGCUGCUUGGCCUGGAGGUGGCAGGCUUGCGGCAACAAUUUCCCGACGUGAGCGAAGAUCACAUCUCCGCUCUGCUGGACCUACGUGGGGACGUGUCCCGAGAGCAGCGCCUGGCCGCACUCAGCUCCCUGCAGGCCGGCCCGCCGCCCUCGCCGCCAGCCGGCCGCCACGCACUCUUCAGCCUUGUGCCCGCGCCUACGCCCGUGCUGUCCUCCUGCCUCCCUUCCGGGCACUGCGCUUGACGCCCGGCUGCCCGCGGAAUAAAGCCUCAGCUCCCGUG